CCUGGGAUCAAAACAAACAGACACACACACACACACACACACACACAGACACAGACACAGACGAAGCGCUUACAGAAACCUGUGUGUGUGUGUGUCGCUGAUCGUCCUGCUGUCUCAUCAUGCUUCUCAAAUCAUGUUGCAUCUACAGCACCGGAGUCUUUUCUAUGUUGUUUUUAAUCGCUGGAAUCGCUUUGGUGCUUUCUAACGUGUUUCCACGUUUUGUUCAGUCGAUGGUUGAGAAGGAUGUGGUUCUUGAGAAUGGAACAGAAGCGUUUAAGGCCUGGGAGAAUCCACCAGCACCGAUCUACAUGCAGUUUUACUUCUUUAAUCUGACCAAUCCCAUGGAGGUGCUGGAUGGGGACAGACCUGCUGUGGUGGAGAUUGGACCAUAUACAUACAGGGAGUAUCGACCUAUGGAGCAAAUAAACUUCCUGGAUAACGACACAAAAUUAACUUCAGUCAACACUAAAACCUACAUAUUCCAGCUGAACAUGUCCCGAGGUCCAGAGAGUGACCUCAUCCGGACAGUCAACAUCCCUGCCCUGACGGUGAUGGAGAAGGUCAAGGACAGUUUUAUUGAAGCCAAUCUGGUCUCAUCCUACAUGAAGUCCACUGGUGAAGGACUGUUCACCACCCGCACAGUGGGGGAGCUGCUGUGGGGAUAUGAGGACCCUCUGCUCAAAGCCCUCCACACUUUCAAACCUGAAGUGGAUAAUGUUUUCGGGCUCUUCUAUAAGAGCAAUGCCUCCAACGAUGGUGAAUAUGUGUUCUUCACCGGACGGCAAAACUACAAGGACUUUUCUAGAGUUGACACGUGGAACGGGGAAAGCUCGUUGAAUUGGUGGACGUCUGAUGAGUGCAAUAUGAUCAAUGGAACCAACGGAGCGUUUUUCCACCCAGUCAUCACUAAGAAUGAGGCUCUCUACAUGUUCUCCCCCGAACUGUGCAGGUCUCUUUACGCCCUGUAUGAGGAGGAUGUGACCAUGAAGGGGGUCCACGGGUAUCGCUUCGUUCCCCCCAGUGAGGUUUUUGCCAAUCUGACCGUGAACCCAGCAAACGCCGGCUUCUGUGUACCUGCUGGAAACUGCCUGGGCUCUGGCCUGCUGAAUGUCAGCGUGUGCAAACAAGGAGCUCCCAUCAUAAUGUCUUCACCACACUUCUACCAGGCAGAUGAGAAAUUUGUAAAUGAUGUGUUUGGCAUGGUGCCUAAAAAGGAGUAUCACGAGACAACCAUCGACAUCAAUCCGACUGAUGAGGGUUUUUUUAUGUCGUCUGUUCUCUUACCAUCUCCUCAGAGCGUCGUCCUUGACGACACGUCAGUCGAGAAGUUGCAGGCGAUUGCUGGGGUGCAGAAUGUGGUGGUGAACAUCCCAUUUAUGCUGAUCGGUCUAGGCAUCGUUCUGGGUGGAAUCUUCAUGUUCCUAAUGUGUCGACUCAGUGUCCCUGAGAGCACUGCUGCAGAGCGGCAGCCGCUGCUCUCAUCAUAGCACCGCACUGGAAGUAAAAAGACGACAGCUGCCAGUUGCAGCAUGAUCCAACAUUUCAACAGUUCAAUAGCUCUGCAGGUAUUAACCAUUAACACCCAAGUAAUAGUUUCACAGUUUCCACUGUCAAGUAGGAUUCUUGUACUUUUCAACGGUUUAAGAAGUCUUUUGUGUUGUUUGUUGAAACUAAUGUUUUAAUUAGUGAUGAUGCUUACAUCCCCUUUUUAUAAAUUAGGUUCUUUAAUUGAGUGUUUUUGUUUUUAUUUAUAAAUAUGGUUUGAUUCAAUUCUCAGACCAAUUCUAAAUUAGAGUUGUGGGAUCUUAGCUGAGAGCUAAUCCAAGUGAAAGAGCAGUUAAAGUCAAGGUGUGUAAAGUCAAUGUCAUGUUGAUAUCGAAGGAGUUUGAUGUCUGGAGAAAGUUUUGUUGGGAGUUUUUCCUGUCUGCUGCUCUACCUUUAACCAGAUGAGUUUCCAUUCAAAACCUUCGAUCGUAGCUUUCAGUGAAGACAGUAAUCAACAUGUAAAUACUCUGACAGCCAAAUAGUAUUACUUCAACAUUAGCAGUAUAUAAGGCCCUAUUUGUCUCAUCUCAUGAUGAAAUAUACUGUACAUGUAGUUUCACCCAAUAAUUCCAAUAUGUUGGCAUGAAUGUGUGAUUUUUUAAUUCUACUGAUAUUAUAUUAAAGUCAGUGUAUUAACCGCUUCUUGCUAGCAACUCUACUGAUAGACGUUUGCCAAAUAAACAGUUUUAUAAUGUGUUUUUUUAAAACCACUAGGCAUGGUCUUGGUUUGUGUGGUUACUUUCUGCACUUUCUAGACACUUAUCAGAUUGUUGUGACUUAAUUUAAAGGUUUCAGGGGGAAAAGGCAAAGUUUUUAUUUGGCUAUUAUGUGUAUAAAAAUAUAAUGGAUUUUCUGUCCAGCAGUAUUCUGAAUGUCCUUUAUGUCCUGUGCUGUUCUAACCAUUGUUAAACAGACACACCUCUGUCCAGCUUGUCUCAUGUUGUGACGUUUGUUUUGUACGUUAAAGAUAAUGUUUACACUUCUGCUCCUCCAUAUUUAAACCUGUAUGUAAGUUUACUCCUAACAGGUGACAUAUCUAACACUUCGCAGAAUGUCUCGUCACUACUUCAAUAAACUGUGUGAUUCAUGAUCUA